AUGAAAUUAGACAUUAAUAACUUCAAUAUUCCAAAAGACCCCCAAGAGGGAAGUUCUACUGGUCUAACUAGGCAAUUUAAAAGACAGUUAUCACUUUCAGCCGAAGAUAAACCAAACACCAAAGAAGUUAAAUCAGAACCAACCGAACUUAUGGAAAUUAUUCCCAGUAAUUCGGCAGAACAAAUAGAUAACUUGGAACAACAAGCCCAAAUAGAAAUUUUACCAAAACAAAAUCAAUUUUA